CCUAAAUGUUUCUCCCGUGAUGCUCCGCGUGGACGAGAAGCAAGAUGGCGGACGCUCUGGAUGAAUUUCAGAAAGAAACUGGAUGCGUCCCGAUCCUCCAUCCCGAGGAAAUUAAACCCCAGAGUCACUAUAAUCAUGACUACAGCGAGAGCGUCAGCCGCAAGAGCCACGUAGACGACUACAGCACUUGGGACAUCGUCAAAGCCACCCAGUAUGGCAUAUUGGAGCGAUGCCGUGAGCUGGUGGAGGCCGGAUAUGAUGUGCGUCAGCCGGAUAAAGAAAAUGUCACACUCCUGCACUGGGCGGCGAUCAACAACCGCAUAGACCUGGUCAAGUACUACAUAUCUAAAGGUGCCAUAGUCGAUCAGCUGGGAGGAGAUCUCAACUCUACACCGCUGCACUGGGCUACAAGACAGGGCCAUCUCUCCAUGGUGGUGCAGUUAAUGAAGUACGGCGCUGAUCCGUCUCUCAUCGAUGGCGAGGGAUGCAGUUGUGUGCAUCUGGCCACUCAGUUUGGACACACCUCCAUUGUAGCGUAUCUCAUCGCCAAGGGACAGGAUGUGGAUAUGAUGGAUCAGAAUGGCAUGACCCCUUUGAUGUGGGCGGCUUAUCGGAUGCACAGUGUUGACCCGACACGGCUGUUGCUGACGUUUAACGUGUCUGUGAAUCUGGGUGAUAAGUAUCAUAAGAACACGGCUCUGCACUGGGCGGUUCUGGCCGGAAACACUACGGUCAUCAGCCUGCUGUUGGAGGCUAAUGCUAAUGUCGACGCACAGAACAUCAAGGGGGAGACGCCGCUGGAUCUGGCCAAACAGAGGAAAAAUGUGUGGAUGAUAAAUCAUCUGCAGGAGGCCAGACAGGCCAAAGGCUACGACAGCCCCUCGUACCUGAAACGGCUUAAAAUGGACAAGGAGUUCAGACAGAAGGUGAUGUUGGGAACUCCGUUCCUGGUGAUCUGGCUGGUGGGAUUUAUCGCCGAUCUGGACAUUGACUCCUGGCUCAUCAAGGGUGGGAUGUAUGCAGCGGUGUGGCUCGUCGUGCAGUUUCUGUCCAAGUCUUUCUUUGAUCACUCCAUGCAUAGCGCUCUUCCUCUGGGCAUCUAUCUGGCCACUAAGUUUUGGAUGUACAUCACCUGGUUUUAUUGGUUCUGGAACGAUCUCCCGUUCGUCACCGUCCACCUGCCCUUCUUGCUCAACAGUCUGGCUCUCUUCUAUAACUUUGGCAAGUCUUGGAAGUCUGACCCUGGUAUCAUCAAAGCAUCCGAGGAGCAGAAGAAAAAGACUAUAGUUGAAUUGGCAGAAACAGGCUGUCUGGAUCUCAGCAUAUUCUGCAGCACCUGUUUGAUACGGAAGCCUAUCAGAUCGAAACACUGCGCUGUUUGCAAUCGAUGCAUCGCCAAGUUUGAUCACCACUGCCCGUGGGUUGGAAACUGCGUCGGAAGUGGAAACCACCGUUACUUUAUGGGCUACUUGUUCUUCCUGUUGUGUAUGAUCUGUUGGAUGAUGUACGGAUGCAUUUGCUACUGGAGGAUUCACUGUGCCACCAGCUACACUAAAGACGGCUUUUGGAUCUACAUCACGCAGAUCGCCAACUGCUCGCCGUGGAUGUUCUGGAUGUUUCUCAACAGUGUGUUUCACUUCAUGUGGGUCGCUGUACUCAUCAUGUGCCAGCUCUAUCAGAUCGCUGUUCUGGGCAUCACUACAAACGAGCGCAUGAACGCCAGAAGAUAUAAGCACUUUAAAGUUACAGCCACGUCCAUUGAGAGCCCUUUCAAUCACGGUUGUAUGAGGAACCUCAUAGAUUUCUUCGAGCUGCGCUGCUGCGGUCUGCUGCGGCCCGUGGUGGUAGACUGGACCUCCCAGUACACAAUAGAGUACGACCAGAUCUCAGGAUACCAGCUGGUGUAGCGCGGUGAAGGAGAAGACGGCGCAAGAAGGAGAAGAGGGGAGAGGUUUUCCUGAAGUGCUGCUCAAGCGGGACCAUCUCCUUCACC